AUGCGCUCCCUAAUCAGCAUAUCGGCCAUACUCCUGGCUUGCUCAGCCGUCUACGCCGAAUCAGCAACAUACAAGAUACACCAUAGGUUCUUAUCCCAUCCUUCUCCUUCUUCCCCCACGCCAUUCCAGCAUUUCGGUAAUCUGUUGGUACAAGAUACCCUUACUACACUUGAGGAUGGACCAGCUGGGUCAGAUCAACAGACAGAUGAUGGGAAGGGAUGGUACCAGGUGGGAAUCCAGCUGGAUCAAUAUGAUACGCAGGAAGAAUGGUUGAUAGGUUCCACCAAGGCUUGUUAUUUAUCCACUUCAUCACCCAAAAUCCAAAUUCACCUUACCACCUCUUCAAUCCCUUCUUCAAUCUCCAUCAUACCCCACCCAUCAUCGAUAUCAUAUUGUUCGAGCACUUCCAACUCCACCAUAUCAGUCAAACUGCCUGCAGGAUUGAAUGAGGUGACAUUUGAUUUGAUAAAGGAUAUACAUAAAACAUAUAGCCCCUCACUCGCUCCACCACCUACCGUCGACCCCACGACAGGCUCACCCGCUCCGCCCGAAGUGGAAAAGACGUUCUUCCAGAAAUACUGGAUGUACAUCGUUGGUAUAGCCUUGUUCUUCGCUAUUCAGAUGGGUCCCGAUGAGCCUAGAGGAGGAGCAGCAGCGAAGUAG